GACGGGCUCCCCUCUCGAAGCACCAGCAACUCCGCGCGUCCGCUUUCCACAAGUCCGCUUGUCUUCACCCGCCAGCGCUUCAGACGGCUCGAGCUUUUUCAUCCAACAUGACCGGUGGCCCAGCCUUGUCAUUUGCUCGGUGCCUGCUGAGAAGAAAAAUUGUCACCGGGGACAGUCUUGAAGAUUCAAAGCUAUGCCGCUGUUUAUCAACUGUGGAUCUUAUCGCUUUAGGAGUAGGAAGCACCCUUGGUGCUGGUGUUUAUGUCCUUGCUGGAGAAGUUGCAAAAGCAGAUUCUGGACCUAGUAUUGUACUUUCUUUCCUCAUAGCUGCCCUAGCUUCGGUCAUGGCCGGACUUUGUUACGCAGAAUUUGGUGCUCGGGUCCCCAAAACUGGCUCAGCCUAUCUGUACACAUAUGUAACUGUUGGUGAAAUCUGGGCUUUUAUCACUGGCUGGAAUCUCAUUUUGUCCUACGUUAUAGGUACUUCAAGUGUUGCAAGAGCAUGGAGUGGAACCUUUGAUGAACUUCUUGGAAAACAAAUUGGUUAUUUUUUCCGAACCUACUUCAGAAUGAAUUACUCUGGCUUAGCAGAAUAUCCAGAUUUUUUUGCAGUCUGUCUAAUAUUACUCUUAGCAGGACUUUUAUCAUUUGGAGUAAAAGAAUCUGCAUGGGUAAAUAAAGUCUUCACUGCUGUUAACAUCUUGGUUCUGCUCUUUGUUAUGAUUUCUGGCUUUGUGAAAGGCAACAUUAAUAACUGGAAGAGAACUGAAGAAUUUCUGAUAAACUACACUGCAGAAAUAAAAAAUCUAUCAUCCUCUGAGAAUGUGACAAGUAUAUUUGGAGUUGGUGGCUUCAUGCCAUAUGGCUUUACCGGAACACUAGCCGGCGCUGCAACCUGCUUUUAUGCCUUCAUAGGAUUUGAUUGCAUUGCAACUACUGGGGAAGAAGUCAGGAAUCCUCAGAGGGCCAUUCCUAUUGGAAUUGUAUCAUCUCUACUUGUCUGCUUUCUGGCCUAUUUCGGAGUUUCAGCUGCUUUGACACUUAUGAUGCCAUACUAUUUACUUGAUGAGAAAAGUCCUCUCCCUGUAGCAUUUGAGUAUGUUGGAUGGGGUCCAGCAAAAUACCUUGUAGCCGUCGGAUCUCUGUGUGCUUUAUCAACAAGUCUCCUUGGAUCCAUUUUCCCCAUGCCUCGUGUAAUCUAUGCUAUGGCAUCGGAUGGCUUGCUUUUCACAUGUCUAGCUCAAAUCAACCCCAAAACGAAGACUCCACUUGUUGCAACUUUAUCAUCAGGGGCUGUUGCAGCUCUAAUGGCUUUUCUCUUUGACCUAAAAGCCUUAGUAGACAUGAUGUCAAUUGGUACACUUCUUGCAUACUCAUUGGUGGCUGCUUGUGUUCUCAUACUUAGGUACCAACCCAGUUUAAACUACGAGCAACCAAAAUAUUCAGCAGAAAAAGAGGCCCUUGCAGGAUCAGAAGGCGAAUGUAAAAGUGAAUCUCAAAUUAGCAUGAUACCAAGAAAGAGAUUUAAUCUACAAAUGCUAAUUAAUCCAUCAAGUUUACCAACCGAACAGUCUGCUACUGUGGUGAGCCUUCUUGUGGCCCUUUUGGCUGUCCUCAUUUGUGGAUUAAGCAUUCUGACAACCUAUGGAAUUAAUUCACUUGCAAAUAUGGAGCUUUGGAGUAUUUUUAUUCUUGCGUCUCUUUUCAUACUAUUCGUGAUGAUUAUGCUUAUCAUCUGGAGACAACCUCAGAAUCAGCAUAAAGUGACAUUUAUGGUUCCGUUCUUGCCAUUCUUGCCAUCUUUAAGUAUCUUAGUGAAUAUAUACUUGAUGGUACAGCUAAGUGGACAGACAUGGAUCCGGUUCAGCAUCUGGAUGGCAUUCGGACUCCUGAUUUACUUUGCCUAUGGCAUCCGGCAUAGUAUGGAAAGCUGUCCCAAGGAGGAAGAGGAAGAUGAUGACAGCUGCUCAGAAAGAAGCGAAAUUUCAGAAAAGAAGCAUAUGGGAGAUACAAGUGAACUUGAACAUGCAAGUGAAAGUGCUCAGUUUAUUCCACAUGAAAAGACAAGUGAAUGCUGAUAAACCUAUUGUGUGCACUUUUAGGCUGUGAUGGCAGCCGAAUGGAGUUGCUGGUGAAAUGGUAAACUACUUGCUCCCCCUAAAUUAACAGUAACCCACUUGUGCUUUAUGGAAACAUUAGUAGAAAUACAUGAAAGAUGAUCUAAAUUAGUUGCUAUAUAUCUCUUCCAUCAGAGACUUGCCUCAGAGGGUUGUAAUCUUUUAAAAACUGAGCAAGAAAGUGGAGGAAAAUAAAUUUUCCAAGGGGGCCAAUCUGAUUCAUCUGUCAUGUUGGUGAUUUCCUUAACAACAUCUUCCAACUUUAACUGGCAUAUAUAACUAGUUCUUAAGGAGUAUCUAAAGAAGAAGAGUUGAAUAUUAUGGUUUAUAAUAUGGAGAUGUAUUCUUAACUGCUUUUAAAAAUAGGGUAGCAUUGCUAAAUAAUCACAUAACUACUUGAUUUCCAUCGCUCUCUGUACCUUGUUUCUAAACCAGCCACCUCUUCUGUGAUGUCUCCUUUAUGUUGUUGCUCUAUGUUGCCCCUACCCUAUGAGAGGCUGAGGCUUUCCUUACCUGUGCAUUAUAUCAAAGGCAGCUUCAAGCUGUAUAAACUCAGUUAUAUUUUGCAAUGCAGAGUGAGGUAAUGGUCACUGACUGGGAACACAGCAUUCGUGACAGGAUGAGACUGGCAAGAAGGAUAGAAAAUGCAAUCCAAUACAAUAUUGUGCUGAUUUAAGGAUGAGUGGAGAUGACCUCAGCUCAGCAGUGGGGAAAGGUCCCAGAUUCAUAGAAAUUCCUGGGGGGGGAAAAACCACAGUUAUCUGAUCUAACUUCUGCUUUGCUCUUAUCUGUAAGCAGUAUAAAUCGUGACAAUUCUUCUAAAACAAUAUUUAAGAAUAUUUGAAACAGAUAUAUUUUAUAGACAAUCUAGUUUGAAAUUCUGUUUAUGUUUCAUUUCCAAAUGAAUGAUUAAUUUAAACAAAUGAUGAAGCACUAGCAAAAUGGCACUUCUGUGGAACUGAAGUUUGCAAAAUGCUGAUGCAUCUGUUGACUUCCUUAAUAUAUGAAUGUCCUGAGCAGGUCAGCACUGCCAGAGAUUGGGCUGCAAAACUGUGCACCUAUAUAUUACUUGGUAGAUUAUUCAAUUAAAUAUCGAAAAAACCUAUUCAGAAACUGGCUGAUUUGGGGAUGUGGUGAGUAGAAUAAGCAUUGAACUUGCAUGUUCUUCUGUCCUGUUACAAAGCAUUUGAAAUGUUCUGUAUAGGUCAUUGACUGCUGUUUGCACAUUUCAUCAGAUCCUUAGCAGACAGUGGAUAGGAGCAGGCAGUGCAAGCUUUGGGCCUACUACCACUUGUUCUCAUCACCAUAAAUUGUGGUUUCUCUACAAUACCCAAACAUAGCCACUAAAUUCUUCUUCCUGUCUAGGAAGUAAUUCUCUUCAAAUUCUUUUGUCAUCAUAGGUGAUAUAAUAUUUAUUAAAUAACUCAUGAAUAAUUUUUUUGUGAUAUUCCCUCUGUUUAUGAAAUAGAGGUAUGUAUAUAUUUGGAGAGAGGAGGAUGAAAAACAUAGCUCAAAUGUUUUAGCAACACUAAUGUUUAAGUAUGAUAGGUCUUUCUUAAACUUUGGGAUAAAGUAUGUUUACCAACAAAUGUAGGCACCUUCGUGCUGGUACCCAUUGCUGAGGCACCUUCAAUGCUGGUACCCAUUGCUGGCUUUACCUUUUGGGUAGGAUUAUGGCUUGACACUGUAUAAGAUGGGCAAAUUAGUUCCCAGCAUAUCAUUUGGGAUAAGAAUCCAUUUUAGGAAGCGUCGUGUAUAAGUGUCAGCAAGUCCAAAAGAAAUUCUUUUUUCUUGAGUCCAAGAGGGUUUACUUCCACCUCUCUGUUUCACCAUGUAAGGAUUAUUUUUUUAAUUUUCAGGUUCAUUUUCCUUAAACAACCAAUAAAAUGCUAACAAAGGUAAUGAAUAUUUAAAAAAAACCCCAUAUCUAAUAUGUGUUACUUUAAUAUACUGUACUUACAUUUGCACUAUUUUUUCCUACUUCAGCCUGCUUAUUUAUGUGUAACUUGUGAAACCAAUAUGUCAUUGCAGACUUUAGUAUGAAUAGCAGAUGUGGGAGCACAGUUAUUUUUAAAAAAAUGUAAGCAUACAAACUACAUUUAGUUUUCUAUGCUCAAGUUUAUAUAAAUGGAUACAAAAACAUUUACAAAAAUGCAUGCAAUGGGAAAGCACUUUGAAGAAACAACAGUGCUAUCUCCAUUUGAUCAUCUCAGACAUAUAUACUGAAAUUUUGUACAUGCAAAAAACUAUAUAUCUGGAUGUAUUACUUGUGUUAUUACUUAUAAAACAGCAAACAUA